AUGCCUCCCAUGAUCGACUGGGAGGCUCUCAAGCCCAGUAAUUAUACGAAAUAUUUUACGAGGAACCUCGCACUGGCAUGUGGUCUGGUCGCGAUAUCAACGUUUAAUUAUGUGGUAGCCUUCGACCAGCAGGGCUUCAACUCAACCCAGGCCAUGGAUGCCUUCGACAGAGUCUUUGGGGUCUGUGAAUCCGAGGGAAAAUGCGCACUUGAGGCAUAUUACUUGUCACUAUUGAAUGGGUUGACUUACAUCGGGUUCGCAGCGGGCGCUAUAAUCGGAAGUCUUAUCAGUGCUCGUUAUGGCCGUCGCAUGACUAUCUUUUGCAUGUCCAUUUGGGCCCUUUGCACUGCGACUAUUUUGGUGACAUCAGGCGUCAGCCAUAACAAAUGGCAGCUCCUUGCUGGUCGAAUUCUCAAUUAUAUUUAUAUCGGAAUGGAGUUGAGCUCUGUCCCUGUUUACCAGUCCGAGGUUGUGCCUGGUCCGAUCCGUGGCCUUGCCGUCGGUUCAUACCAACUCUCUUUGGGGAUUGGUGGCCUGAUAGUAAACUCAAUCUGUCGGGGAACAAGUGAAAUCAAGGAUAAUCGCUCGUGGAUGAUACCAUACGGUCUAUACUAUAUUAUUCCAUCUUUUGUUGCUAGCUGUAUUUGGUUCAUCCCAGAGUCUCCCCGAUGGCUUCUUAUGAAAGAGCGAGAUGAUGAAGCCUUGAAAGCACUCAUCACGCUUCGUGGCCGAGGGAACGAGGUCUCACCAGAAGAAGAACUACAAAUGAUUCGACUGUCUUUGCAAGAGGAGCAAGAUCAAGGAACAUACAGUGAUCUGUUCAAAGGCCACAAUCGUCGCCGAACACUCGUUGUCCUGGGCGUGGCGUUUUUCUUCCAGGCCACCGGCAACUCAUUCAGUGGCCAUUAUUCUGCGGUGUUCGUCAAAUCAUUAGGUACUAUCAACCCUUGGGAUGUCACCGUCGCCCAGACAGCACUCAAUACAGUGACCGCUCUCGUGGGAAUUCUCUUGGUCGAUCGUAUCGGUCGUCGAAAGCUCUGGUUUUUCGGUUCCGCAUUUUUGUGCGUGUUCCUCAUGGCUACUGGUGGCUUAGGGAUUCAUAAGCCGGUCACGUAUACCGCCAGCCAGGGCAUUGUGGCUACGAUGUUGCUGUACCAGGCGACUUAUGCGGCAACAAUCGCCCCCUUAUACUACACAUUGAUCACAGAAAUGGCCGCCUCUCGUUUACGAGAUAAAACCGUCCGCCUUGGAGCAAUUGUCAACAUUUUGACAAUUUUUGUUGUAUCAUUUACCAUACCGUAUCUUCUGGACGCUGGAUAUGCUGACUUGGGAAGCGAAGUUGGAUUUAUAUACGGCUCAAUGUCUUUCCUUGCCCUGAUAUUUGGCUAUUUCUGUAUUCCCGAACUGAAAGGCCAAAGUCUGGAGCAGGUCGAAAAGAUAUUUGAAACAGGUGUUCCCCUGCGCAAGAUUGGUCAAUUCCAAUUGGAUUCAAGUGAGAUGCAACCUAUUGGGGCAAAGCUGGGAACCCUCGAUAGUGUUCCGGCAGAAGAGAACUCACAAUCUGUUGACCCGCCUAAGGGGCACUAA